AUGAAGGCGCCAAGUAACGUCAGACAUACGAUACCGAAAACACAAAAGGAAUUAUUUGGCAAGAUGGACAACGCCAAAGACCCCCUUUCUCCCGCCGUUUCCCGCCCCACAAACAGCCGCAGGGCGCCAAGUCAGGAUGGGCGGAACGCCAUGGCCAUCAACAACUGCAUUAACUCCCCUGAAUCGAGCCGAAGUACGGAGAUUAAUAGUACCCGAUCGGACUCAUAA